AAGCGUUGCUCUAUGCCCAUUGAUUACAAAUAAAAAAAUUAAAAAAUAUAAUUAAUUUGACAAGUCUAUAUGACAAUGAGUCAGUAACAUUCUUAAUUUAUUUGCACUGCAAUCACACUUGUAGUUAGUUUUCACCUUGCCUUAUCAUAAUAAUGACACGCUCCUGAAACAUAUUUUUAAUACGUACUAUUUUCCAAAGUUAUUAAAUCUUAAACAAAAUGAGCCAUAAAUAUUUAAAAGAUUUUGCAAAAGGUCCUCUGGACAGAUAUCGAAAAUGUGCUUCCUUUGAUUGGAAAAGAAUGACACUUUGUAUGGAAGAAGAAGAGUAUCAAAGUUUGAAAUAUAAGAUAUGGGAGAAAAUGAGAAAUGACGAAUUAUUUAAAAAAAGAGGAUACAAUUUAAGCUCAGAAGAACAAAAAAGUUUGACUCUGUUACAAAUGAAAAGAUUGAAAGAAUGGAACUUAUUGCCUAUGGAAGAAAUCUUCAUGAAUCCCAAAAAAGCUUCAGUGUUUAACAGUGCCUGUUUGUUAUACAGCCCAUCUUUAUGUCUUAAAUAUACUCUUGCUUAUAGUUUUGUACAGAAUGCUUUACUUGGGCUUGGAACCGAAAAACAUAUGGAUCUUUAUCAUAGUUUAUCACAUCCAUUGACAAAUUUUGUAGGUAGUUUUGCCUUAACAGAAAUUUCCCAUGGGACCAAUACUAAGGCUAUGCGUACAACUGCUCAUUAUGAUCCUGUGAAUGAAGAGUUUGUAUUGGAUACCCCAGAUUUUGAAGCAGCUAAGUGUUGGGUUGGAAAUUUAGGUAAAAGUGCUACUGAUUGUAUUGUGUUUGCUAAACUGAUAACUCCUGAUGGUAAGGAUUGUGGACUGCAUGCUUUUAUUGUGCCCGUGAGAGACCCUGUAACACUUAGUUGGUAUCCUGGAAUUGUUGUGGGUGAUAUGGGUGAUAAAAUUGGUUUGAAUGGUGUUGAUAAUGGAUUUAUCAUGUUCAACGAGUACAGAAUUCCUAAAAAUAAUCUUCUAAAUAGAACUGGGGAUGUCACCUCUGAUGGUGGUUAUAUUACUCCAUUCAAAGAUCCCAAGAAAAAAUUAGGUGCUUCACUUGGAGCAUUGUCAGCUGGUAGGAUUUUUAUUGUUUCUAUGGCCAAUAUUUACCUAACCAAUGCAGUUGUUAUUGCUACAAGGUAUGCAGGUGUCAGAAAACAGUUUGGACCAUCCUCAGAUGAGGAAUUACCAAUCAUCGAAUAUCCUUUAUUACAAUGGCGCCUAUUUCCUUAUAUAGCAUCUAUAUACAUUCUUAAGUACUUCAGCAGUUACUUUCAGGAUAUUUUCAUUGAAUUCAUAAUUAAAUCCUUCGGUGAAAGUAAUUAUGAAAAGGCUGCAAUGGGAGCUGAAAUUCAUGCUUUAUCUAGUGCAGCUAAACCACUGGCAGGAUGGAUAGCUAAAGACGGUAUUCAAGAAUGUAGAGAAAUCUGUGGAGGCCAUGGCUAUUUGUCAGUGGCUGGAUUUGGUGAUCUUAGAAACAACAACGAUGCAAAUCUUACUUAUGAGGGAGACAAUAAUGUUCUGAUUCAGCAAACAAGUAAUUGGCUUCUCCAGUUGUGGUCUAAGAAUGAUAGCAAAGAUUUUGGAAAUACUCCCUUAGGAACAGUUGAAUUCCUUUCUAGAUGGAAAAAAAUUUCAGCUGAGAAAUUUUCAGCAACUAAGAAAUCGGAUAUAAUCCUUCCAGAAAAUUUACUGAAGAUGUAUGAAUGGUUGUUAGUGUACUUGUUACAAAUAACAUAUUCAAAAUAUGUGAAAUUGAGUAAUUCUGAAGAUAAUGAGUUUAAUUUAAAAAUGAAUAUACAAGUUUAUCAUGCCCGGCCCUUAGCUCUUGUUUAUUGCGAACAUUAUAUGGUAAAAAAAUUCAUAGAAUUUGCUAAUUCUCAAGAAGGGUCCAUUAAAGAAGUUCUUCUAAAAUUGGCGGCACUCUAUGCUGCAUGGAAUCUUGAAAAAAAUUUUGUAUUUAUGUAUGAAGGUGGUUUUGUAUCAUCUAUGGAUACUGCUCAGAAUUUAAGAGAAGGUAUUAUAGACCUAUGUGAAAACUUGAAAAAUGAUGUCGUUCCACUGGUUGAUGCUGUUGCGCCUCCAGAUUUUAUACUCAAUUCACCAUUAGGAUGUUCAGAUGGAAAUGUUUAUAAACAGCUGCAAGCAGCUUUGUAUCAAUCUCCUGGAACAUUCACAAAACCAGUUUUAAACUCAAAACUGUGAAUCGUAAUCUUAAUUACGCUGUUUUGGACAACCUACGAGAAGCAAGAAUGAACAUGAUAAGACAUGAAAAUUCAGAUACAAAGAAAUGUAAUACUGAUAAAAAGAAGGAUUAACAGUAUUUAAAUUAUUUUAUAAGAACAUUUAAAUUAACAUCAUUUAGUCCAUUGAUUACAAAUUAAUUCUUAAAAUAUGUUUGCAAUUCAAAAAUUAAGUUACCAAAAAAAUAAAUUUUAAACGAAUAAUUAUAACAACGAAUCAUCAAAUUUGUGAUAAAUAUAUACGUAAUACAUAUAUUCUCAUACAUACAUAUGUGUUUGCAUUAGUUAUUGUCAAAUACUUUUUCAAUUGUGUAUGUUAUAUUUUUCAAUUAAAGCUAUAUUUUUAUUUUUUAUUUUCUAAAAUAUAACUUAUGAUCUCCUGUUAUUUUUUGAAUAAUGAUUAAUUUGUAUGAAUCUAGAUUUCUGGUGAAAUAA